AGAGCGGAAGUGGUGACGCUGGCGUCCCCAGAGCCUGCGGCGGGCGGCAGUGACGGCCCCAGCGCUGACGGCGGCGGCGGCCGGGGGGGCGGCGUAGAUGCCCGCGGUGCCGGCUGGGGCAUCACCGCGGGCCUCGACCCCGAAAUGGCGCUGCUGGCGGAGCACCUGCUGAAGCCGCUCCCCGCGGACAAGCAGAUCGAGACGGGGCCCUUCCUCGAGGCGGUGUCCCAUCUGCCGCCCUUCUUCGAUUGCCUCGGGUCCCCAGUGUUUACUCCAAUCAAGGCAGACAUAAGUGGCAACAUCACGAAAAUCAAAGCUGUGUAUGACACCAACCCAGCCAAGUUCCGGACCCUGCAGAACAUCCUGGAGGUAGAGAAGGAAAUGUAUGGAGCAGAGUGGCCCAAAGUGGGGGCCACGCUGGCGCUGAUGUGGCUGAAAAGAGGCCUCCGCUUCAUCCAGGUCUUCCUCCAGAGCAUCUGUGAUGGGGAGCGGGACGAGAACCACCCCAACCACAUCCGCGUCAAUGCCACCAAGGCCUACGAGAUGGCUCUCAAGAAGUACCACGGCUGGAUCGUGCAGAAGAUCUUCCAGGCAGCGCUGUACGCGGCACCCUAUAAGUCUGACUUCCUGAAAGCACUCUCCAAAGGCCAGACUGUGACAGAGGAAGAAUGCCUGGAGAAGGUCCGUCUCUUCCUGGUCAACUACACAGCCACCAUCGACGUCAUCUACGAGAUGUACACUAAGAUGAACGCCGACCUCAACUACAAGGUGUAGGUGUGCCCAGUGGCGGGCACACUCGGGCCACCCGCCCCCUGACAUGCAGCCACUCGCAGAAACACAAACCUGAAUCACUGUGAAUUAAGCUGGCAGACCACCUCUGGCCUGCCUGCCUACGACCCCCAGUGCGUCCCAGAGUCUGACCAGAGUUUGCAGGGGACGGCUCUGGUUUUUUUAAAGUCAUUUUUUGGGACUAUCUAAAUGGAGCAAUAAAUAAUGAUCCUACUUCUGAAUCACCUUUGAAUUUCACAACAGCACAGACUGACUUUAUACCUUCAUUUCAGUGUGGUAAAAAUCAAUUAAUGUUGCUAAUAAAUCAAGUCCUAGGGAUUUUUUGGGUUUUUUUCCUCCACGUAAAGCAUGACUCUAGGGGAGCCAUGACUUACACCUCACUUUAAAAAUAAACACGUGUUUUUCUGAGGAUCUGGCUCAAUGAUGUUUGGGGUAUUUUAAGGACCAUGAGGAAUUUGAUUUUAAAUUAUACAGGACCCCUAUUGUGGAUUUUUUUUUUUUAAAGCAAACUGGUAUGUGUUCUUAUGUGGUCACCCAGCCCAGCCUGACAGCACUGUCAUUACAGACCCUACUGUUUCUUACUGUCUGUUUCCAGACAAGUUUUUUUAUAGCUGAAAACAGCCAGCAAGCUUUUGAUGACCAUGACGAAGGGGACUUUAAAGCUACCAGGCACAAAUAAUUGACCAGAGAUGACUGUAUUUGCAUUCUUCUGCAUAAUUAUUUUCUUCAGGGACAGCUUUUCCAACCUCAGAAACUACCUAUCAUGUAUUCUCUCGAGAGGGAGACAAUGGACCCCUCCAGAUGCUAAGACCCAAGGAAACGCCUCGCUGCCUUAACUGUCCUUCCUGGCGCUAAAAAGAGCUGUAUUUUUGAAAGUGUUGGGGUGAAUGGAGGAACCCCCACAAAGAAUUGAUGUGUGUUUAAAAUCCAAUAAGGAAUAAUUGGUGAUUUUUAUGCAGAAACUAAAUAAUUCUUAAUAAAUAAAUCUCUAUUUUGGAAUCACA